CUCACGGCGGGAGGGGGCGUCGCCAUUUUGUUUGUUUUAGUGAAACUGUACAGUGGGAGGAGGGUGAGAAAGGUACCCUAGAUACGGUUGCUAAACACGGAAAGCUACUAUAGGACCGUUCCGCGAUCACGUCCCCCUCCACCUCCGUGUGAGCAGGUGCAGGGACGAUGUUCUACGCCCACUUUGUCCUCAGCAAACGUGGGCCGCUGGCCAAAAUCUGGCUGGCGGCCCACUGGGAUAAGAAGCUGACCAAAGCACACGUGUUUGAGUGCAACCUGGAGAGCAGUGUAGAGAGCAUAAUCUCUCCAAAGGUGAAAAUGGCUCUCCGUACAUCUGGUCACUUACUCCUGGGUGUAGUGAGGAUCUACCACAGAAAAGCCAAGUACCUGCUGGCAGACUGCAAUGAGGCUUUUAUUAAAAUCAAAAUGGCUUUUCGCCCAGGUGUGGUCGACCUGCCUGAGGAGAACCGUGAAGCCGCCUACAAUGCCAUUACAUUACCGGAAGAAUUUCACGACUUCGAUCAGCCUCUUCCAGACCUGGACGAUAUUGACGUUGCUCAACAGUUCACCCUGAAUCAGUCGCGUGUGGAGGAGAUCACCAUGCGAGAAGAAGUAGGAAACCUCAGUCUACUGCAGGAGAAUGAUUUUGCUGAUUUCGGGAUGGAUGACCGAGAGAUGAUGCGAGAGGAAGGUGCAUUUGAAGUGGACAUCAUCCAUGGGGCGUCUGCGUCUAACCUGCUGCUGGAGUCAGAGUCAAGUAGCGGACAGAUUGCUGACAAGUCCAAUCACCUAGAGUACGACCAAUACAAGGAUGACUUUGGGGACAACCCUAUGGAGAGCACAGAGGGAGGCAUGCUGGUGGACAAGCUGCUCAGUAACGAGGAUGGAGGUGGUAUUUUCGAUGACAAUCCAGCCAUCGCUGAGGGUGUGAUGAUGCCCCAAGACCACGGUGGAGAUGAUGAUGAUGAUUUUGACAACCUUUCACCAGCAGGAGGUCCAGACAGUCCUGAUUCUGGUCCUGUGGAGCAGCUGCCCACCAUGACAGACCAGACCGAACAGACCACCCUAGUCCAUAAUGAGGAGGAGGCUUUUGCUUUGGAGCCCAUUGACAUCACAGUGAAGGAAACCAAAGCAAAAAGGAAGAGGAAGCUGAUUGUGGACAGUGUGAAAGAGCUGGACAGUAAGACCAUCCGUGCCCAGCUGAGCGACUACUCUGACAUUGUCACCACUCUGGAUCUGGCUCCCCCCACCAAGAAGCUGAUGAUGUGGAAGGAAACAGGAGGAGUGGAGAAGCUCUUCUCUCUGCCAGCUCAGCCUCUCUGGAACAACAGACUGCUCAAGAUGUUCACACGCUGCCUGACCCCUCUGGUGCCCGAUGAACUGAGGAAGAGGAGAAAGGGGGGAGAAGCAGACAGCUUGGAUGAGUUCCUCAAAGAUCUGGAGAACCCUGAGGUGCCACGAGAAGAGGCCUUGUCUCAGCAACGAGACAUCAUUGACCAGACCAUCCUGGAGGAGCCCAGUGUUCUUCAGGCUUCAGCCAUGGAGGGCAGUCGCACGACCCUUGAUGAAUCAGUCAUGCCUCCUCCUUCUGGACGGUGUGGACAAAACCGCAAAGCUCAGGACACAGAGCCUGCCUUACCUAUGCUUGAGGAUGAUCGUUCCUCCAUUGUGUCCACACGGCCAGUGAACAUGCAGCAGGUGGACCUUCCACCAGAGGAACCAGGCAACAUCUCACAGUUCCUCCCUGAAUUCGAUCUGAUAGGAGAGAAGAGCAAAGAGAAGAAGGAUGAUGAGGAGGAAGAGGAGGAGGAGGAAGGUCAAAGUGGAGACCAGGAUCAGGAGGAGAGGAGGUGGAACAAGAGGACGCAGCAGAUGCUGCACGGUUUGCAGAGAGUCAUUGCUAAGACCGGAGCAGAAUCGAUCAGCUUGCUGGAUCUGUGCAGAAACAACAACAAGAAACAAGCAGCUGCUAAGUUCUACAGCUUUCUCGUGCUAAAGAAACAACAAGCAGUGGAGCUCAGGCAGGACGAGCCCUACAGUGACAUCAUCGCCAGCCCUGGCCCCAGAUUUCACAUUAUAUAGACUUUUUAUGGUCAACACUGGAAGAUUUUAAUAGUUUUGUUUGUAUGUAAUGUGUUAUGUCUUUCUGUGCAUGCGCAUUU